ACACAUUUUAGAAGCUGAAACUAGAGGUCUUUUUCUGGGCUGAAUUAUAUCCCCCAAAUCCAAUGCUGAAGUCCUAAUCUACAGUACCUCAAGGUGUGUGUAGGGGGUUGGAGGUAGGGUCUUUAAGGACCUUACUAAGUUAGAACAAGAUCAUUUAGGGUAGACCCUAGUAAAAUAAGACUGGUGCCAUUAAACAAAUGAAUAUUAAGAUCCAGAGAAGAUCCUUUGAAGACAGGGAGAAGACAAUGAUUGACAAGCCUAAGAGAAAAUUUUCAGAAAAAAAACCAACACUGCCAACAUUUUAAUCACGGACUUUUAGCCUCCAAAAAUGUGAAGAAUUCUAUAUUGUUUCUAUGAUGUGGUAUUUUUGUUAUAACUACCCUAAAAGACAUAACACAAGGUCUCCAAAUUUUUUCAAGAAAGUCAUGUAGUGGCUGGAGAGAUGGCUCAGCAGCACUGACCACUCUUCCAGAGGACCUGAGUUCAAUUCCUAGUACCCAUGUGGGUGUCUCACAGUCUGUAACUAUAGUUUCAGGGAAUCUGACACCCUCUUUUGGCUUCCUCAGGCCCUAGACACACAUGUGGUACACAACAAACAUCCAGGAAAAACACUCAUAAAAUUAAAAAAAAAAAAUUUUUUUUUUAAAUUGUGUACAUGAGGAAGUCAGAUCUUCCUGUAAGUAGCCGGAGGUAACCUGUAAAAAUGGUUCACUACUUUCUUGACCCAGAAAACCCUACAAAAUCAUGCAAAUCAAGAGGUUCAAAUCCUCAUGUUCACUUUAAGAAAGCGAAACUCCCCAGGCCAUCAAGGCUAUGCAUAUUCAAAAAGCCACCAAGUGUCUAAAACACGGCACUUUAAAGAAGCAGUGUGUUCCCUUCUAGAAGUAUAAUGGUGGAGUCAGGUUGGCCAAGCCAAACAGUGGCUCAGGAUACAGGGUCUGUAGCUCCAAAAAAGUGCUGGAUUUUUGUGUCAUGCUUAAAAAUGCAGAGGGUAUGAACUGAAGGGUUGAGAUGUAGGUUCUCUAGUCAUUGAACAUAUCCAGGUGAACAAAGCACAUAAGAUGUGAAGACAGAGCUCAUGGCUGAAUUAGCCCAUAUAUGUGCUCCUCUGCGACAUCGAAAUGAUUGUCACUGAAAUGGACACACUGCCCCAAAGCCAGAAGAGGAGGUUGCACAGAAGAAACUUGAAGAGACAAAAACUUAUAACACAGGAAUAAAUUCAGCAUAAAUAAAUGCAAGUUUAAAAAAUGAGGGGGGAGCUGGGCAGUGGUAGCACACACCUUUAAUCCCAUCACGAGGGAAGCAGAUCUCUAUGAGUUCGAGGCCAGCCUGGUCUAAAAAGCAAGUUCUAAGACAGCCAAGGCUACACAGAGAAACCUCUGUCUCAGAACACACACACAUAAAUGAAGUUGUCUAGAGGUAAGAGGAAUUGAUCCUAAGCAUCCCAGCUCCCUUCACUGAUCUCUUUCCCUAUUAUGGGAAAAGUCUGAGAGAUCCUUGUCUUUACAGUGAUUACAAUCUAUUUGGGAAGACAAAACUAGCACUCUUAAACAGUACCUAUAUCUCAUUCCUUAGAUGACAGUCAUGAAAAUUUGUAAAGGGCAUAGGUGAGAGAUGAUAAAUUCUCAAAAGCAGAUAAGCCCAUAUUUAUCUAAAUAGUAUAUUAACAUUUUCCAUGUAGUUCCAUUUGGCAGUCAUUUCUGCUUUAGAUAAGAGCAGUAUUUCUCAAGGUAUGUUGCACUGGCCACCUGUAAUAGGAACACUGGAGUGCUUGUUUAAAAUGUAGAUUCCUGAGGCUGCAAGAUGGCUCAACCUGUGAUGGUAUUUGGCACUAAUCAUGAUGACCUAAGUUUGAUCCCCAGGUCCCACAUGUUGGAAAAUAGAAUUAGAACAGCCUCCUACAAGUUAUCUGACCCCCACAUCAGCACCAAGUCAUGCUCAUACCCACAUGCAUACACCCCCACACAAAAAAAAUGGAGAUUCUCUUAUACAACAUAUACUUGUAUAUAUGAAUAUAUGCAAUCAAUAUAUACAAUAAAUUUUUAAAGAAAAGAGGAAAAGGGGCUGGCAAGAUGACUCAAUGGAUAAGACAUUUGCCACUAAGCCUGAUGACCUGAGUUCAAUCCUGGAACCUACAAGAUGGAAAAUGAGAACAGAUUCCCACUAAUUGCCUCCCAAUUUACACACACACACACACACACACACACACACACACACACACAUAUUUAUGUAUCUAUGUAUCUAUGUAUGUAUAUGUAAUUUUUAAAAGGGAAAACAUAGACUCUUUUAAAAAGGAAACCUAGUCAUUGUCCACAUUGAAGUUUGACAACACAAGUUUAGUAUUUAGCAUUAUUGUCGUUUGCUACCAGAGUAUCUUGUUGAAUAGCAAUGUCUCCAACAUCUGUAUUUCUAAGAUAGCAAUCUUCAGGUCAGACUUGAAUUAGAGAAGGAAAGAGUAUCUUUAUAGUCCUGGAGUUGGAGCGCAGUGGUCGAGCAUCUGCCUAGCAUACCUGAGGACCUAGGUUCAAUGCCAAUACCACAAUAGGGAGGGGGAGGAAAGAAAGUGCCUUAUAGAAAUGGAGGCUGGGAGGUAAAAUACCCAGAUGUUAGCUGGGUGUGGUGACACAAACCGGUAAUCCCCGCACUCAGAAGGCAGUAGCAGGAGGAUCACCACAAGUCUGAAGGCAGGCUAGUCUACAUAAAGGGUUCUGGGUCAGUCAGGGCUACAUAGUGAAACCCUGAAUAAAACAAAAUAAAACAAAAUCAAGAUGCCUUUUCCCAGUGACCCCCAAUAUUCAUAGUCUGAAUUGGCUUCUAGAAUUUCCCACAAUUGUUCUUAAUUUUUAUUAUUUUUACAUGAAUUGGUGUUUUGCUAUGGAUGUCGGGUCCCCUGAACUGGAGUUACAGACAGUUGUGAGCUGCCAUGUGGGUGCUGGGAAUUGAACCCGGUCCUCUGGAAGAGCAGCUAGUGCUCUUAACCACUGAGCCAUCUCUCCAGCUCCUCCAGAAUUGUUUUCAUACCUUUCCUUAUGCUAUCAGACUUAUCAUUUCUCCUGUUUUUCUGAAUCUUUUUAGUCCUUGAAAGUCUCAUCUUCUCUUAGACACUAGCUCCUCUCUAGCUUCCACUCAUCUCUUUCCUGUGCAUUCUAGCAGCAGUAUGGUUACCAGCACAAGAUACAGUGUUUAAAUUCCGCUGUAAUUUUGUGUGCAUGCUGAAUACAGCAUCCUACAGUUUAGCACCCCUCUUUGUAACUCUGAGAGUAAGGCCAGGGAUAGAUAUUAGUUAGUGUUUCAUUGAUUGAAAUAAAGAUUAGCACUGGGCAAUGGUGGCAUAAGCCUUUAAUCCUAGCACUCAGAAGGCAGAGGCAGGUAGAUCUGUGAGUUAAAGGCCAGCCUGGUCUACAGACUGAGUUCUAGGACAGCCAAGACUAUACAAAGAAACUUUGUCUCGAAAAACCAAAAAGAAAAAGAAAAAAAGAAAGAUUAGCACUGUACCUGAGAGGCCACUGUGCUCCUGAUCUCUGCUUAUCAGUCUUCACCUUGCCUUUGGGAGGCAAAGCCUCCAGUAAGUUACUUAGCAGCUCUAUUGAUGAUCAGAAUUCAAGAGAGCCAGCCCCUUGCCAAAAAGCUGUGGCUCCGGUUGUAAGAUAAAAGGCACAAAGGCCUUAUCUGAACACCAGUCCCUUUGCUCUGGUCAACCAUUCAGGUUUGUCCAGAGUUAAGAGCCUUACGGAACCUCACACCAUAAGGUCAGAAAAUCUCCUCACGGAGGCCUCUUUAUAAGACUGGUCCUGGUGUCGAAAGGCAAGAUUACAUUGCAUAAUGAAGAACAGUGUUUAUACUGGAGACUGCCCACGAUAUUUUCACAUGGACACCAGGGUUUUCACAGUGUACUUGGGUUUUCACAGGUCAUUUCAGCUCCCCCUCCCCCUUAUGAUCUAAUCCCAAACACUUCUAGUCCCUAGCUACAUUUUAGGAAAUCCCACACCUUUGUUUCUUCUUCCAUGAGACCUACACACAGAUGUGUGUGUGUGUGUGUGUGUGUGUGUGUGUGUGUGUGUGUUAUAGUGUAUAUACAUAUAUGUGCAUAUACACCUAUACCGCAAAAUUAAACAUCUGGAGAAAUGUUAAAGACCUUUUUACUUAAAGGCAGAAAAACAGGAUAAUUUAUUUACUUGUUGCUUAGUCCUGGGAUUCUGACCUUGUGUUGCUCUGCUUUACAACCUACACACCUCAUUCUCCUACAGCCAUGAAAGACUUCCUAGCUAAUUAUUUCCUUCCCCUGUCAUUAACCUCUGUUUAAGUUUUUUCAGUAUCUCCAUUACGUCAUAUCAGACUUGAGUUUUUCCUGCUGCAUGUUUAAGCAUUUGUCUUCCUCAAAAUACCCUCCACUUCCCCACUGCUGCUGUUAUACAUGAAGCACAAUAAAUACUAAAAAUAACAUAAUAUUUGCAGUCUUUACUAUUAAGGAACACUGAUCCACUAGUCAACUUCUUCUUAUCCUUUCAUUCCUAUUUUCUUUUUCUUUUGAGACUCACAGCCUGAGCUAGCCCAAAUUCUUCCUGCUUCUCCCUUCAGGCUUGUGACAGCCACACCUGUCUCCCUUUAUUAGAUAUUAAACCAGCUUUCACUGCUUCCAUCUUUAACGAGAAAAGCACUUCUGAUAAAUAACCCAGACACACAGGUAGAAAGCUAUCGAACAAAUCCCGUUCACCAGUGGACCUCCUGUUCCGAUACAACUGAUUUGCUUAAUGAAAACAAAGGAUGAUGACAAUGGAAAGGAAAUGUAGCUUAAAUCAGUGAAUGAAAUGCCCAUUAUCUUUUGAAUAGGAGUCAAUACAAACUGAGAAGAAUUGAUUCUUGGUAAUCUAAAGCAAAGAUAAGGGAAGCUUCUUUUGUGCUAUACACUAUUUAAAAAACAAAACAAACAAACAAACAAACACAAAAACCCACCCAACUUGAGCUGUUUAAUCAGAGACCAGGCCUAAAUCCCAAACCUGUCACUAAUUAGACUGUGAGCAAGUGGCUCCUUUUCUGUGUCUGUUUCCUUGACUAUACAAUUAACUCUAUAUGGUGAUAUUGUGGAUGAAAUAUAAUCAAAAUGUAAAGCCUCUAAUACAGAGCUGGAAACAAAGAAGUCACAUAGAAAAUAUGACUUGCUCUUUUCUCUGUAUGUCCCCUUCACUCAUUUUCUAUGAGUACUUAGAAAACAUUCCUAUGGAUGACCACUUGCUUCAGGAGUUCUAUGGUAUUAAAUUCUAUUUUAUAAAUUCAGGAUAGCAGAGUAUAUGCAAGAACCAAGCAGCAUUUUACCCUUGCUUGCAGAGAGGGAGCAAAUGUCCAUGAUCUUGGGUUUUGAGACCAAACAAAGGGAUACACCUGGGUCUGCUCAGGCUCAUUUCAUGUCAUACUGGAACAGUUCUUUGGCCCCUCUGUCAAGAAUAUGGAACAGGGAGCUGGCUCAAUGGUUUAGAGUACUUGUUGCUCUUGCAGAGGACCCAGGUUUGAUUCCUAACACCCACGUGGUGUCUCAUCAUGAUCCAUAACUCCAGUUCCAGGAAAUCUGAUGCUCUCCUCUGACCUCUGAGGGUACCAAGCAUGCAUGUGGUAUAUAUACAUACAUGGAAGCAAAACACUUACAUAUAAAAUGAAUAAAUAUAAUAAAAAAUUUUAAAGACUAUAGAACAAGUAUAUGUUACAAAUGGAAUUAUUAUUAAAAACAUCUUCUUAGAAAAUAAUUUAUGGGACUGGAGAGAUGGCUCAGAGGUUAAGAGUACUGGCUGCUCUUCCAGAAGUCCUGAGUUCAAUUCCCAGCAGCCACAUGGUAGCUCACAACUAUCUCUAGUGGAAUCUGAUGCCUUCUUCUGGCAUAAAGUCACACAUGCAGAUAAAGCAUUCAUAUACAUAAAAUAAAUAAAUCUUUAAAUUUACUAUAAAUAGUCAAGCUGAACAUAACUUAUAUAUCCCCUAACCUAGCUUCAACCUUUAUAUUUAUACCCUGGGAAACCUUCAAAUAAGUUCCAAGAAUAUUAUAACAGUAGAGUAUUAAAUUGUGCUACAUUCAUAAAAUGGGGUAUUGUAAAUCACUAAGUACAAACAAAAACUUGCUACAUGAAACAUUGUGAAUCAAUUUUAAAAUUAGUACUGAGCAAAAAAUAAAACAGAGCUGGGAGUAGUGAUGUAUGCCUUGCCUUUAAUCCCAGCACUCAGGAGGCAGAAACAAGCAGAUCUCUCUGAGUUCCAGGAUAGUCAGGGAUGUGUAGAGAAAUACUGUCUCAAAAUAAAUGAACAAACAAACAAACAAACAAAAAUAUACAGGUUUCUAAUUUUAAAAGACAAGGCAGCAGGGUGGUGGUGGCACACACCUUUAAUCCCAGCACUUGGGAGGCAGAGGCAGACAGAUCUCUGUGAGUUUGAGGCCAAUCUGGUCUACACAGCGAGUUCCAGGAUAGCCAGGGCUACACAGAGAAACCUUGUCUUGAGGGGGGGGAAAAAAAGGCCAGAGUGAUGACAUAUCCCUUUAAUUCCAGGACACAGAGGCAAGCAGACCUCUGUGAGCCUUGUCUGUAUACCAAGUUGCAAGCCAGUCAGGACUACAUAGCAAGACCUUCUCUCAAAAAUAAAUAUAUAAAUAAAUAAAUAAACAAUAAGAGGCAAAAAUCUGAAUGAAUGAGAACAAAGUAUAACGAUUCAUAUAUAUGAAGGUUGCCACAAAGGUUCCCAUUGCUUUUUAUUCCAGUCUAAAUUUUUUUCCAGUCUAAAAUUUUUAUCAAUUAUUUAUCGAUUCUUGGGAAUUUCACACCAUGUACCCCAAUCCCACUCACUUCCAAGUCCUUACAUAUCAGCCCUCUACCCUUGUGCCUCCCCCCAAAAGAAUUGUUUUUUAAAUCUAUGAGUUGCUGGAACAAGUGGAGGGGAAGGCUCUCCAUGACUCAGGGCAACAGCAGGAUACCAGAGGAAUCUCCGUGAGGGUCCGGUAUCAGUAUCGAUGGUAUAGCAGAAGCCAGAGGCUUUAACCAGACCAACAACUCAGUGCAAUGAACAUUUGAGAGUAAAGCUGUUUGGGCAAAAGGGUACACUUCAUGAACAACCUAAAAUUUUUAAUAAGAAAUUCUUUUUAAAACAGGCAAAACUCACCAGGCAGUGGUGGCACAUGCCUUUAAUCCCAGCAUUCAGGAGGCAAAGGCAGGUGGAGCUCUGUGAAUUUAAGGCCAACCUGGUCUACAGAUCAAGUUCCAGGACAGCCAGGGCUACACAGAGAAACCUUGUCUCAAAAAAUGAAAAACAAACAAAAAAUAAACAAAAAAAAAAACCCAAAACUCAUUUGUGGUGAUAAGAAUUAGAUAAUAGUUAUUCCUAAACUGGGCAUGGUAGGUUUUCCCUAUAAUCCUAGCACUGGGGAGACUGAGGCAAGACUGUCACAAGUUCGAGUUUGACCGUGUCCCAAAACAUGAAUUAAUUAAGAAGACUGGUGAGAUGGCCCAGCAGGUCAAGGUGCUUACUGCUGAGCCUGGCAACCUCAGUUCAAUUCCCAGAACCCACAUGGUAGAGGGACUGAACUAAUGAAGGCCCAGAGAGGUUAAGGAACUUCCUUGAAACAAUUCAAUCAAUGACGGGGUCUCAACUAGAACCUUAAAAGGCCUCCUGGCUUCUGGUCAAGGGUUCCUCUUCCAGACCCACUCUGACUGUUCCUUCCUUUUUCCCUAUUUUCUUUCAGAGGUCGGUCACAACUGGACACAGCAUCUCUACCACUAGAUAUUUUGUCUUAAUUUUAGUUUUGUGUCUCUGCUUCACAGAGUGCAUAUUUCAGCAUUCAGUUUGACUUCAGGGCAUCCAUGAGUAGGUUCAGUCCUUAGUAUACACACACACACACACACACACACACACACACACAGGAAAAGAAAAGAAAACGUCUCCCAGAAUUUAUAAACGAAAAUUGCAAUUUCGUCUUUAGCCAUGCAUGAGAUUGCUUUGGGAAAAAUGAGAUUUUCCUCUUCAAUGACACAGGGUGAGAAGUGAGACUUCAGAUCCAUUCCGACCUUUGCUGCAAGGUGGCAGCACUGUCAUGUGGCAGCGACUGAAAAUUUUAAACAGAACAACAGAGAACCACAAGGGAGUAGAGAAUCAUGUGAUCACAGGAAGGGAACAGUCAACAAAAAUCAUGAAACCCCAGGAAAGCAACGGAGCCCUUUAAUCUGCUCUCCUGCGUUGAAAGAACCAAGCAACUGCAGCAGAGGAAGAGAAGCAGGCCUAGGGGAGAUUUGCUGCUGGGCUGGAUGCCCAGGGCUUCCUUUAUCCCUUCCCCAUUUUAGCCAGCAAACUGUCCUUCAGGGAUCUCCCUUCCAUUAAUGUUUCCCACCAAGACUCUGAUGCUUAGUUUGGCCAGAUUUCAAGCUGUAUAGAGGCGUCAGUACACAGGGUGCUACUUAAAUAGUAAUUUGAUUAAAAUCGCACAAAGCCCCUUAUGUAAAGUCCUUUGAACCAACUCUUUAUGUGAUUAUCAAUCAAGAGUUUCAGCCUCCAGAAUCUUCUCAUGCAUAGCCAAGCCCAUGUGGGCUUCAAAGAAGCAUAUUUGCAGCUGGUAGUAAGGCUGUGAAGGCCCUGGACAUCAACAAAUAUCUAAUUAGAUGUGUCCUUUUUUAUGAUCGCACCUAGCUAUGCUAUCAAGAAGUCUUUAGUCAGGCAUAGUGGUACACAGCUGUAGUCUCCAUUCUUGGGAGGCAAAAGCAAGAAGAUCCUAGGUUCAAGUCCAGCCUAGACUACAGAAUGAGUUUCAAGAAAGUCUGGGCUGUGAGGGAAGACCUCUUUAAAAAAUCUUUAGAGCUUAAUACUAAUUACAUACUCUUUUCUAAAAGAAACAAUUUUGGGGGGGAAAUUCAAUAGCAGCUAUUCCCAGCUGUAGACAGUACCACUCAUGCAACAUAUAUAGCUUUCUCACAAUCUCUUGACCCAAUUGCCAUAAGAAAGUUGUUUUAACUAUACUCAUUCCAUUAUUCAUAAGUGUGAAAAAUACACAAUUUUAUAGAUAUUCCUAUGCUCAUAUGAACUUAUGGUUAUAACUGUAAAUGAAUUCCAGAGAUCUUUUGGAUGACAUUCAGUUUAUACAAGGGAAAAACUGAGAUCCUGUGUAGCCAAAUAAUUUCCCCAAGGUGGCCAAACUGGCGUAAACUAGAACUCAGUUCUACUGAUUCCUAAAGUCCAGUGUUCUCCCCAACAUAAGGCACUGACUCAUUCAGUCCUAGUUUCUUCCUCUCUCCUAGAAAUUGUACUUCUUAAUAGGCAUCUCCGUAUUGCUUAAUGUUGGUGUGUAUAGCUAUGUGCCUCCAUCAGAGAGCACAACUGUGAAUGAGUACGUGUCUAUCUGCAAGUAUUUAUGGAGCAUAUCUUUGGGUGUUUAUGCCCUUUCUGUUAGGAAAAUCUUUAGAUAAUGACAGUUCUCAAGUUGGCAGCAGUGAAGCUGGGCCGGACCUUCAAAGUCAAUCAUUAAUAAGCAGAUUGGGCUUUUUCUCCAAUCAGCUAUAUUCCUGGGUCUUCAGGAAACAGGGUAAAAUAGUCAGGGUAGAACCAGAUAGUCAGAGUGCAACUUGGUUCCAGGACAGUAAAAGCAACAAGAGGCAAGGCUAUACGGGGCUAUGACGGAGUAACAGUGGGCUAUAGGCAGGAAGUGCUCAUGAGCUCAGAUUGGCAUGGAUACCAUCUUAAUCUUCAGUCUCAUCGCUGCAUCCUAUGAUUCCAACAAGAACGAUCCCAGAGAGAGCAGCUGCCAAGUGGAACAGCUACCCAGCUUCUUCCCAAAGGAUAUGAGAAGCCAAAUGGAUUUCGUAAUAAGAGUUCUUCCAGAAAUUCACACAGAUGUCCAAGGGGCCCGGUUCAUCCAAAAUCAGACCAUAGCUACCCUGCAGUGCCUUGGCUCUGGGAGGAGAGUGAGAGUCCACCUUGUGUAUUCAGAGGGAAGGCCAAAGGUCAAGUACACGCUGAAGAACCUGAGCGUCCACCAUAGAAACAGCAAGGCCUCCCCAAGCUGUCACCUCAUGCCCACGUCCCAGUUUCAGAAUGGAUCCCUUCUAACAGCUUUCUUACCGGGGAUCUAUCAGUGCAAGGUCUACCCAGCAAAGGGUAGAUCUGCUUCAUCAGAGACGGUGCCCAUCACUACCACCUCCACAGCUGCUAGAAGUAAAGGAGAGAAAACUACAAGCACUGGGGGCUCUUCCAGCCCUUUGUCACAAGACACAGAUGUGUCCUUAAAGGAGAGGCAGAAAUGGAGUAUUGUCACCAAAGCUCUGAUUGCUGCUACUCUGCUGCUCAGUGGAGUCAUCAUUAUAGUAUUUGUAAUCUUUGAAGUCCCAUGCCCAAGUCCCUGCCUCAGAGCCAGAAGGCUGUGCCAAUGGCAAUGGUUAUGGAGAAGGGAAAGGAAGGAAGACCAGCAACCUGGGACAACUGAGUCCCAGUUGGACUCUCAGCCUGAGAAGGGAAAUGUUCCUAACUCUUCAGACUCAAAGAAAACUACAGGGAUCACUAUAAUCCACCAGACAUACUUCUGAGUUCUGCUUAGCUUUACUCUGAAUGCAAGUGCUGUAUUCUACACCACUGUCUUCUUAUUGCACAUCAUUACAGGAUGACUCUUGAAGCCCUUACACUCGUAUCUUCAUGGGGACAUUAUAAUCAAAUGAUAUGCCAGGACAGUGAAGGAAGACCCUGAGUUGACAGAGCCACCCUCAUGCCAGGGCAGCUGGCACAGACAUAAGCCUCUGUGAUUCACUUUGUACAUACACAAAAAUGGGUUAUCUUCCCAUCCCAGCAAAUAAAGAUAAAGUCCCUGCCUCCGAGUGUUAUGUAUGGACCUUACUGCCUUCUCCGAUGAAAGACCAAACACAGCCUCCAAAGAGCUGGACCCGACGGUGUGGCCCACAUUCCAACUCCUCUGAUGCCCUCCCAGCUUUCUCAUGCUCACUGGCUGUCAACUAGCUUACAGGGAGCAUCUGUUCUCCCAGGCUUAUGACUUAAUGAUUUAGCCUCUGUCACUACACACAGUUAUCAACAACCUGGCAAAGGGAACCCAGCCUUAAGUAUCCCCAAAGCCCUUCUAAUAAGUCAUUCCUGAAAGGUUUCUGGACAACAGAAAUAUAGCAUUGAAAUGAAAUUGGAAAAUUCAAAAUUCCUAAAGGAAAUCUGAUAUCAUGCUUUUUCUUUUCUUUUCUGAUACUGUGAUUUGGACCAAGCUCCUCACACUGCAAGUGCUAUGUCACUGAGAUAUAUACUAAACUCUUUCUGUAAAAGUAACUUUUAUUUUGAGGUAGAUUCUCACCAGGUUACCCAGAACCUGGAACUCCUUGUGUGGCCUUGAACUUUGAACUCUCUUGCUUCAGCCUCCAAAAGGAGCUGGCAAUACAAGUGUGCACCACCAGGCCUGGCUAUGCCUUAUUUAAUUUUCAAUUUUUUUGAGACAGGUUUUUAUGUACGUAGCCCAGGCUGGCCUCCAACUUGCUUUGGCUCCAACAAGGUAGCUGAGGAUCACCUUGAACUCCCGACCUUCCUUCCUCUACCUCAUGGCUAGGCAUUAUUUUACCAAUGAGCUGCCUAUGGUUUUGAUUAGGACUCCAGAACAAAAUGAUUAUGAUAAUGAUCCCACUCACAGGGGCACAGCUGUGAGCAGAGUCUGACCUGCUUAAAUAAGAUUUCAGUGAGAAAGCAGAACUAGGCACGGAAGCAGCUGAUGUAGAGAAUGGUGUUAUCCUGCUUCUUUCCCAAGAGUGUGAAACCAUUCCAACUGCCGAAUGUUCCACAGUCCUCAUGUACUUAUUAUUCCAGAUGUAAAUAUAUAUUACAUUUAGCCCAGGCUAGCGUUGAACUCCAUACAUAUCCCAGGAUGACCUCAGCUCAUGAUCCUCCUGUCUCCCACUUCCCAUGCAUUGGAAUCACAGGUGUGAGUCACCAGGCCUGGCAAGUAAUUCUGUCUUCUUAGUUCUCUAGAAGAAGCCAUACCCAAAGUCUAACCUUCCUCCUUUCACGUCAAGUACUGUUCCCACCAGGAUUCUUGAAAGUGCACUAACUAAGCAGGGGACGAGCUGCGCCAGGAGGAAAGGGCAGACACAAAACAAUGUGAUUCAAAGUUUCCAGGAAGAGCUGAAGAACAUCUCAAGUUCCACAGAAGACACUUUCAGCACACAGCGGACAAGGGACAAAGGACUAUGUGUGGUGGUAGACGUGGGAGUGGAACAUCUGCACCCUACUAGUGACUCAAAGCAUCACCUCAAGUUUGUCCAUACACCUGUUACUUUGCUUGACCAUAUACUUUAGCAAAAACAAAAAACAAAAAAAAACAAAAAACAAAAAACAAAACUGUUCUUUCCCAGGUCUAGUAGGGGAGGUUAUUGAUUCUAGGAUUAAUGCCAGCAUCCAUUGCUGCCCUCAUCCACAACAGAAUGUCCCAUAACCAGAAACCAUAAGAUUUCCUAGAAGAUGAAAGCCAUGGCUGAGUCUGUGCUCAUCAGUUCUGCUUGUCUGCAAGAGUGAAAUUGGGGUAACAUCUGUACUAGCUUUCUUCAUGGAAAUUGACAUAGUCAGAAUUAUGCAUUUUGUUUAGAGACAGUUUUUUCCCUGGCAAAAGCAAGAAUUUUCUAUUUCCCCACUCCCUAAUCAGUCAACAGCUUUGAAUCCCUUCUCCAGUGGAGGGAGGAUUUUGGAAACUAGGGAAAUGAGUGAGAGAGAGAGAGAGAAAGAGAGAGAGAGAGAGAGAGAGAGAGAGAGAGAGAGAGAGAGAGAGAGAGAGAAACAGAGACAGAGAGACAGAGACAGAGAGACAGAGACA